UGAAAACGUGACCCGGUAGUGUUUCUAUCGACCGACUGUGAGGAGUUCAUCGUUAGCUUUAGCUUGCUGUGUAAACAAUGCAGCAACGAGAGGAGAAGCAGCUGGAGGCGUCAGUGGAGUCUCUCAUCUCUCGGGUCGCUCACGUCAAAAACGCUCUGCACAGUUUUAUUUACAAACUGGAAAAUGAAUACGAGCGUUUAACAUGGCCCUCUGUUUUGGACAACUUUGCUCUUCUGUCUGGUCAGCUGAACACCAUCAAUAAACUGCUCAAGAAUGAGAAGACGCCAUCUUUUCGUAACCAGGUCAUAAUACCUCUGCUGCUGUCUCCAGACCGAGAUGAGGAUUUAGCAAAACUCACAGAGCUGCGUGUCCCCGUGUUUAGUCACGAGAUCGUACCGGACUACUUGAGGACCAAACCUGAUCCAGAGGUGGAGGAGCAGGAGAAGCAGCUGAGUGCAGAGGCAGCACGUAUCGGCCCAGACGCGGCACAGAAACAGAUCCAGACGUUAAAUAAAUUGUGUUCCAAUGUGCUCGAGAAGCUCAACAAUCCUCGUGAUGACAGAGAUGCAGAAAGUUCUGCAAUACGACAGAACAAACCGUCUUUCAACCCCGCUGACACUAACGCUUUGGUUGGAGCUGUUGCAUUUGGAAAGGGACUCUCCAAGUGUCGGCCCCCUGGUCAAGUGGCCCCUGGACAUCCAGGGCAGGGGCCUAUGAUGAGCGGGGGUCCGACUUUACAGCAGGUCACUAUAGGUGGCGGUUCAGGCCAGCAGGCAGGUAUGGGAGGACAAGUGGGGCCACAGCAGCAAGGGCAGCCAGGUAGGAGACCUGGAGAGCUGGGAAAAAUGCCAAGCAGCAUCAAGACCAACAUCAAAUCUGCGUCUGGUUCUAUGCACCCUUACAACCGAUGAGCUUCUUUUAUUUAUUCAGCCAACAUUUGUUAGAAUGAAGAAGCUCAUUGACGGCAUUUCCGGUACACACGUGUCAUCUUUGUGUCCUUUAUAAAAACUCAUUCAUGUCUUUAAAUGGAGCAGAUGUUGUGUAGUUAUUGAUUCUCUGUUUCACUUUCUACUUUAGAUUAUUAUGAUAAUCCAUCAGAUGUUGCAACCAUCAGAAGAGCUUUCUUAUUUUGAUACAAGGCCUGUGCUGCUCACUGUAAAUAAACAAUAACUGUAUGCAUGUUUUUAUACCGUCUGUGGUCUGAGCAGCUUGUUUGAGCCACCAGAGGGCAGUAUGUCAUCACACAUCCUCUGUAUUAAGACUUGUGUUAUUGACUCCUUUUCAAUAAACGAUGUUCAAAGGAC